GCAUUAAUGCAAACCGAUAGCGGAAGCGUGGUUUGUAAACAACUGUUUUGAACUUCCUGCUUCCUGUUUUAUUUGGUUUUCCCCUUCUUAAGUUUGAAAAUGCUGCUUUGGUACAGAAUGGGACUAAGAUUAAAACCAUACUUGUUUUUUUAAUGAUCAAAUGAUAGUGGAAGCCAUUCAGACGGUAGAGAAUAUAAUUUCAAGGCCGCUAGAAGGCUCAAGGAGAAUGUCUCUUGUGGACUUGGGAAAGCGUUUGUUGGAGGCAGCUAAGCGCGGGGAAACUGAUACAGUUCGAGCAUUGAUGUCAAAUGGAGCACCUUUUACCACAGACUGGCUGGGAACAUCGCCAUUACACUUUGCCGCUCAAUAUGGUCAUCAGGAGACAGCAGAAGUUCUUCUGCGUGCAGGCAUCAGCAGGGAUGCUAGAACUAAAGUGGACAGGACACCUUUACAUGUAGCUUCACAGGAAGGUCACCUGGCAAUUGUCCAGUUAUUGUUACAGAGUAAUGCAGAUAUUGAUGCAAAAGAUAUGUUGAAAAUGACCCCUCUCCACUGGUCAACAGAGAAAGGUCAUGUGAACAUUAUAGCCACUUUGAUUAGAAAUGGUGCUGAUGCUACACUAGAAGACAAGUUUAAUCGCACGCCCUUAGACAUUGCUAUAGCCAAUGGGAGAACAGACAUUGCUCAGCUGUUGCAGCUGCAUCAGGACACAUCCGGUGUGAUAGAGGACUCUGACACCAUUAACAUAGAAACAUCAGAAACACUAGUGACAGAGACAGUGUCGACCAGCGAUGGAGUUGAUGGUCUAGUCAUAGACACAGAUAAAUUAAUCAAGUCAGAGCCUGAUGACUCCACUGACCAGAGCAGCACGUCUGUAUUGGCCACCCUAGCAGCAUUAGCAGAGGCUACAGCCCCUAAUUCUGGUAAUCACACAUCUACAUCUGAAGCCAUGAGCUGGCUAGAGAGCCAAGGUAUUACCAUGAUCACCACUGAUGGCAGUCUCAUAGCCUCUGCUGUAGAGAGUGGACAGACCAUAACAUUGACAGAGGCUGGUAAAAUAGCCCUGAACCAGUUCAUUCAGCAGGAGGCUGGGAUGCAUGGAGUGACAGAAGAGGAUGGUGAGGAGCUGGAAGAAGUAAAUGAGGGAGGCAUGGGAGAAGAGAUCACAGAAGAAUCCAUUGUGGAGCAUGGCACAGGACAUGAGGAGGGAGAUGUGGAUGAUGAAGAUGGAGAUAAUGUUAUUACCAUUGUGACAAGAGCUGAGGAUGACUCGGACGAGGAUGUGGAGUCGGAGGGGCAGAUUAUCAUGGAAGAGGCCAUAAUUCAAGAAGGUCAAGACGGGGACAUCACUCAUGUCACAGACGAAGAUGGCAAUCCUCUGGUCAUUGAAGAAGCCAAUGGAGGAAUGGUUGGAUCUGAAGAAAUGGGGGAAGAAGAAACAUCUAAUGAGAAUACUGCCCAUCAAGAAGAAGGUAUCACAUUGGAAGAAGAAGAUGAACUGCAACUUCAACUAGCAGAAGAAAAUCAAGGAUCAGAGUAAAAAACAACACCAAAAAUCCUCAGCUACAGGCGCUUGCAAAAUAUUAUCAGAUGUUCAUAUGUUUCGGGAGGAAAGUUUUUAAAAUCUCUUCUUAUGAGAUAAAUUAUUUUCUUGUCAUAGUUUAACCGUAAGGCAUCCAUUGAGUUCCCAUCAAAUGCUUGGUUCCUCAUACUACAGGUUGCUGUAAUUUAAACCAAGAUCUACAAAGUAGUUUGAUGUCUUAUGCUUUUGACUGUUCAGGCCUGAACCGUUUGUUAAAAAGGUAUUUUUUUCAUGCUUGGGACAAUGAUUGAUUUGUACUGUGUACAAAAUGUUGUUAUACUUGUGUGUGCUUGUACAGUUCUUCAUAUGUCAAGCCCCCCAAACAUGUGGCCCAAAGUGUUGCUUACAGCAGUGGGGCUCAGCCUCUUUCAGUAUUGGGGGGAGGGGGGGGUUAUGUAAUAUACAGCACGUGGAUUAUGGGCUUUAUUGCUAAAAGUUGUUAGUGCCAUGGAACCAAUUCUUUGCGACUUAUUCACAGUUGGCUGAGGAUUGGAGGGGCGAAUGAGCUUGAGAUGGCUUGACUAAUGGAGACUGCAAAGCUUUAUUGACUCUUGAAUUACAUCACUAUGGUUCACCUUUAUAUGGUUGGGUGGGGGGGGGCUUGGAUGAAGAAUACAUAAUAUUUGGGGGGGUUAUAAGGUACUAUUCCUUAUUGUUGUAUAACAUGAAGCAAAUUGGUGGUAAAAUUUAAGAUUUGGAUGUUCUUUGUGCCCCAUUUACUACAUGUGUGCGCUAUGUAAUGAUUGUUUUGUUAACUUUUUUUUUUUUUUUUUUAGUGAAUUGGUGGUGCAUUAAUAAUUAAAUGAAAUAUUUAAAUACUUUUUGUUACUUGGUAUAAAAAAGACUUAGAUACAGGUCAUUGAAAUUAUCAGUUCAGAAAAAAAAGUCCUAGAUUUAUUUAUUUUAAUGUUUAUCUUAUGGUUUUGUAUUUAUGUCAUUAUUUUAUCAUUCAUCAACUUUGUACAUUUUAAAAUGGUUCUGUUGAAUAAUUAUAAUUGACAAAUUUUUAUGAUAAA